GAGGAGGCAGGCUGGGAAGGCUCCCCCCCCCCCCAUCCUCCCCCAGGACUGCCCUGACGUGUGUUCCCUGGGGCCCCGGGCCUGGCUCCCGGAUGAUGGUGGACACAUGGGCUGCUGUUUCGGUAUUCCCAGGCUGAGGAGUGUGUGUCGGGGCCCAGGUAAAGAGGCUCCCUCUAAUGCACAAGCUCCCUCCAAUGGACUCAGACGGUCAACAGUCUCAGCAAAAAGCAAGGGAAAAUGUUUCCAGUCACAGUCUAUGACAUCAGAGAUCCCCCUCUCUUUCUCUGUGUAUAGCCUCUCUGGGCAGGGAAUCAAUGAACAACUCCAAGAGGCUGCAAGAAAAAGGUUGUGGGCCAUGGAGAAUGAUAACAAGGAAGUCAAUGCAUUGUUCAAGGAACUCUCAGCUCGGCUUGUUUCUAUACAAGUUGAUAAAGAUCAGUUCAUUAUCACCUUCAAGACUAUUGAGGAAAUAUGGAAGUUCUCUACAUAUCUGAAUCUAGGUCACGUGUCCCUCUGCCUGGAGCAGCUCCUUUUUGACCACAACUAUUGGCUUAAAUGCAAAUUAGUGGAGGACACUAAGAUCCAUGUCACAGUCAAUGAAGAACACCUGGAGGCCAUCUACCAUGCUCUCCUGAUGCAGGAAGGCCAUUUCUCAAGAACUCUGCACACCAUCCUUCAUUCAGGAGAGAAGGAAGGUGGAGAGUACUUGAGGCUCUGCAAGAAUGAGUUGAUCUAUAUCAAGAACAACAAAGAAGAAACAGAAUGUGAAGGCACCUCCUUGGUGACUGGUCUUCGGGGCUUGGUGCCUGGCACAGCUAUAGAACCACUCUCCCUCCCCUUCCACCAAUGGUUCCUAAAAAACUAUCCGGGGACCUGUGGCAUCUAUAGGAAGAAUGAUUGGACAGGCUCCUAUCAAAUUGGUAAAGGAAAAUGUAAAGCUUUGAGGGAUUACCAAGGAGAGGAAAAAGAUGAACUGACCUUCUGCCAAGGAGAUAGCAUUGAGGUCUUUGGCUUUCUCCUCUCAGGACUUCGAUAUUUUAUUGGGAAACUGUCUGCAACGGGGGAGAUUGGUUUUGUUCAAACUAAGCAUGUAGCUCCUGAUUCUUACAUUCCGUUAAGCAAGGCCACUGCCUUCCUUAGUGAUGAGGAAAGAUUGUCCUUUUGGGACCCUGGAAAUGAGAGGGAAAGGACCUGUGCUGAUUUUCUCCGAUCCCUAACCCACACUGACAUAUCUUCCAUCUACCGGCUUAGUGAAUCUUCCCAAGAUCCCUUUGAAACUCAGACGACUAGCUUGGCGUCUAUAGCCGAAGGUUUGGAGGGAGGCCAGCCCGGUGAAGCCUGGGAGGAGGACACGGCCAUCAGCUCGGGACAAGGCAGUGACUCUGACGAUUCCUCACUAACCUCAGACAGCUAUCACCUGCCCGAGCCAGAUGACCUCGAUGACCCUGAGAUCUUGAUGGACCUCAGCUCUGGGCAUGAGGAAGAGGACGAGGCUGCCGCAGUCUUUCACCCUUUUCUGACGCUGCUGAACCACGAGGGCUACGCAGGCCACUUUGAGAGCCUGUAUGACCUUUCCUUCUCACUUCCUGCUUCUUCCUUCUAUGGUUUCUCUAAUGAGGAUGAGCUCAUCACUUACCUGGUCACCUCCAGGAACUAUGCCAAGCGUAAUCACAUGACCUGGGCCCAUGCCCGCCUCUGCUUCCUCUUGGGACGUCUGAGUGUUAAGAAGGUCAAGCUUUCCCAGGCCCGAGUCUACUUUGAGGAAGCUCUCCACAUCUUGAGUCACGGUUUCAGGGAUCCGGCUCUGCUUGCUGCUCUCUACAUUAAUUUGGCAGCCAUCUUCUUGAAACAGAAACCAAGGCCUCCCCGAGCCUCCUCAGCUCUGUUGGAGAAGGCAGCUUCCUUGCUGGCAUGCCUUCCCAUUGGUGGAGUAAGAGCUGAAAAUGAGCUGGAAGUGGUGGCUCAUAUCCUGAGGGAGGCCAUUGCUUCCGGCAGUAGUGCCCUGGAGGCCCGGGCCUGUUUCUUGGCCACCCGACUGCUCCUCAGCUUGGGCCAACAUGAAGAAGCCCUGCCCUUUGUAGAGCGCCUUUACCUCCUUGCAGGCCCACCCCCUGCGGCCAUCCUGAGCUUCUUAUAUGAUAAGAAAUACCUUCCCCACUUGGCACUGGCCUCAGCCAGACAACACAGCUCCCGAAGGGCCCCAGGGACGGCUGUAUCUCUCUGGCAAGUCAGCCUGGUCCUACAGAAUGCAGGAAAGCUCCUUAGGUCCUCCUCCUCCCCUGGCUGCGGUGACAUCUCUGCCCUGGCCUGCCCUUCUCUGAGACAAGCCUUAGCUGCUUCUCAGGAGCAGGGAGACGUUAGGACCCAGCGGAUUCUCUGUAUCAUCCUUGCCAAAAUAUAUUUCCACUAUAGCUUAUCUGAUGGAGCCAUCUACUACCUGACUCGAGCCAUGACCCUGGGGCAGCUGCUGGGAGAGGGAGACACCUUUGAGUCUUCCCUCUGCCUUGGCUGGGCAUACCUCUCGGGCCACUACGCAGGGAGGGCCCUGGAAGUCCUGGAGCGCCUGCUCUCCUCCCUGUCAGUGACAGACAGUAUUCUCCAGAAGGGAGUCGUGCAUAAUCUCCUGGGACUUGCUCAUGAAGGGGAAGGCCAGGUGACUCAGGCCACCAAAAACUAUCGCUGGGCCCUGGAGGUGGCUGAGGAAAUGGGUCACAUUAGGAACCAGGCAGUGGCCUUGGCCAACCUGGGCCACCUAAUUUUCAGGUCCCGGAACCAGCAGCUGGCUGAGAGCUACUUGAGCCAGGCUGUCCAGCUGUACUCUGAGCUCCAGAGCAGCAAGGACAUAGACACAGAACUGGGGCAUGUGAUGCUCUGGCUGGCUCAAGUCCUGAUGGAGAGGCACAAGAUAGAGGAGAGCCGGCUCUGCUGUGAGAUGGCUUUGCUGUUUGGCCUGAAGCAUCACCACCUAAAGACCCAGCUUCAAGCUACCAAGUCUCUCUGCCAUUUCUACAGUACUGUGUCUCCAAAUUCUGGGGCUUGCAUCACCUACCAUGAGCACUGGCUAAGGUUGGCCCAACAGCUCCAAGACCAUGAAACUGAAGGGAUACUGUUAGAGGAACUCAGCCAACUCUACUUGCACCAAAACACAGCCAUGUCCUUGAGACGUUCCCUUGCCUGUAUCAAAGAGAGCCUGAGAAUCUUCAUUGACUUAGGGAACCAGGCCAAAGCUGCUGAAGCCUGGCUGGUGGCUGGGCAGCUACUCUACCUCUUGCAGGAGGAUGAACUGGUAGAGAUGUAUUUUCAGGCAGCCAUACAAAAUGCCCUGAAGUCUGAGGAUCCUUCCCUAGCCCUAAGACUCUAUGAACGAGCUGGAGAUGUAUAUUUCAAUGGGAACCGUAACAGAUACAGAGCAGCUGAAUAUUACAGGCGUGGAGCUGUUCCCAUAGCCAGGAGGAUAAAGGCUUUCAGCAUCGAGCUCCGCCUAUUCAACAAGCUGACUGAGCUUCAGCUCACCCUGCAGGGCUAUGACAAAGCACUGGAAUUUGCUACCUUGGCUGCUAGGCUCAGCACCAUUGCAGGAGAUCGGCUACAAAAACUGGUGGCUUUUCAUCGCCUGGCCACAGUCUACUACUCUCUCCAUAUGUACGAGAUGGCUGAAGAUUGCUACCUGAAGACACUGAGCCUCUGUCCACCCUGGAUGUACUCUUCUCAGGAGGCACUGUACUACGCUAAGGUCUACAGUCGCUUGGGCCACAUGACCCUCAACCAGCUUAAGGAUGCCCAUGAUGCCACUGACUACUUCCUGCUGGCCCUUGCAGCAGCUAUUCAACUGGGUGACAGCAAAUUACAGGACUCAAUUCGGAGCAAACUGAAGACCAUCACUCACAGCCCACUGUGGUGUAGCCGCCCAGGGGGCCAGUCUGCUGAGAGGGCCAGGUGGCUGAGUGGUGGAGGACCUGCCCUCUGAGAGGCUAUUGAGGCUUUGUCACAUGUCAACCGAAGGUAGUCUACUUGACCUGGCUGGAGCCAUCAUAGAUUGACCUGGAGUCAUCAGAGAUUCAUAGGGCAUUAAACCUGGAAGAAACCAGAGAACAUGAUGCAUAGAGUACCAGAGCCAAAGUGCCUUAGAACCGAGCUUCCUAAACUGUGGGGCAUAACCCCAUAUGGGAUCGCAUAACUGAAUGUGGGGGGUCAUGAAAAAUGUGGCAACAGUAAAAGGUUAUGUAUACCUGUUUUACAUACCUAUAUACCCAGGGUUGUGUAAAAUUUCUAGGGUGAAAAGGAGUCACAGGUGGAAAAAGUUUAAGAAUUCCUUGCCUUAAAACAUAGCAUGUUCGAGGUGGAUCAAACUUUAGAACAGAGAACACAAAACUUCACAUCUGGAAAAGACCUAGUAGAUCAUAUCAUCCAUCUAAAAAAGGGAGGGCCCAGAAAAUGCAAAUAGUUUGUUCAAGGUCACAUAGCCAGUUAGCAGGAAAGCCAGCAUACAAAACUGGGGCUGUUGAUUCCUGGGCCAGGUCUCUUUGGUACAUGCUCUUUCUCAAUAGUUCAAAUUGCCUAACUAACUGUGUGAUCCUGGGAAAGUCACUUAACCUCUCUGUGCCUCAGUUUCCUUAUCUGUAAAAUGAGGAUAAUAAUAGCACCUACCCCACAGGG